GAGGCCGAGAUCUGCAGCACGUCGACCUUCAUCUCGACGACAGUAAGGGACGGAACGACUAGCACAAUCACGUCGUCGGCGACAACGACGUGCGACACGAUCCGGGGCUGCGUGCUGACCGACGGCGACUACGACACCACCAGCACCCGCGGCAGGUCAUGCAGCCCCAUCGCCGCGCGCACCGCCCCGCCCGUGAUAGUUGCUGCUGCCACUGCUGAGCCUGCCUCCCCCGUCAUGACCGGCAACAACCCGAAGAACAACAACACCAUCCGGGCGGCAACCAAGAAAAAGAACAAAAAAGUGGCAAAGAGGGCCGCCCCGCCGGAUGGCCGUGACCACGCCAUGAUCUGGCUCCGGUAUCCCGGUGAUGCCGACGACGUCGCCACAAUCAAGAACUACCUCACCAGCAACGACCCGGAUAUGCCCGGGCGCCCCAACUACGGCGACUACAAGGAGGUCAAGGCACAGAGUUGGGACGGCAAUGGCGGCGGCGACUGGGUCGUCCUCUUCUUCGUACCCAACAUGAAGCUCUGCCACAUCGCCGAUCUCAAGGGUAUGACACUCGAGGUCGCCGACGCGUACGGAAUCUACAGCAAUAAUAUGCACGGCCCUCCGCCCGAGCCGGACGAUGACGACUCGAACGACUCGGACGACAGCUCUACAAAGAGGUCGAACAUACAGCGCAGGGAUGUAUUUGAGAUAUCCACACCUUUCUGGGAGCUUUCUCAGAUCGAGGUGGGGCCCGGCGAGAAAUGGGACGCCGAAUGGAGGCCCGGCAGGGAGAACAGCAGAGACGUGGGCCACGACAUGUACUACGCUGCCGACGAGUCGUUUGGCGCGGGCCAGACCAUCUUCGUGCUCGAGGACGACUUCUGGGACCAGAACCCAGAAUUCUCCGAUGAUUUCUUCAUCAACGGCGAGCCCUUCUCGCGACCGGCGAUCCGCAGGCUGCCCGAGUUCGACUGGGGCGGAGACCAGUUCAACGCCCCGCCCAGCGUCAGCCACGGCACGCCCGUCAUCAGCAAGGUUACCGGCUGGCAACUCGGCAUGGCCAAGAGGGCCGACGUCAUUGUCGUCACGGACCGCCGCAGCCCGCCCGCGGACGGGUAUAACCAGAUCCAUGAGCGCCACAUCGAGGGCUGGAUCCGCGUGUAUAACGAGGUCAAGAGGAUAUAUGCCGCAGAUCCCAGCCAGAGAGGCAAAGUCAUCGCAUCCUGGUCGUACGUGAACACCCGCGCCACCCACUUCGCCGUGAUUAGGCCAAUCUUUGUGAGAAGGUUAUGUAAGUGCUACCCCCUUUUUCCCUCAUCCACCUUUUCUUGCCAAAGCCACCAUGGUCUCAACGCUGACGGUUUGCAAUUAAAUAGACGAGAUUCUCAAAGCCCUCGAGGACCUGGAUGUGACCAUCAUCACGACCGCCCACAACAAAGCUGUCGAGCUGGGCGACGACUUCACCGGCCUCCCGCUCCUCUUUGCCGACCCCGGAUCCGGGGCCGGGAGAACGAUCGAGAGCAUGGUGGUCGUCGGCGGCGUCGACGCCACGGGACGGCUCGCCGCGCACAGUCCGUACGCCGACUGGCUGGUCAUGGCCCCGGCAUUCCAGCUGUAUCUGGCUGAUACCCCUGAUGCCAUCGUUUGGGGAGGGUUCGGCAAUUCGUUUGGUUCGUCGUCUCAGCUGAAUCCAUUCUUCCUCUGCCUCUUCAUUCCCCAUCCUUGUUUCCAAGCAGAGUGAAAGGUCAUGGCAG